GCCACCCAGCCACUAUGUGGGUAUUCUUGGCUCUCUUGAUGCUCACCCUCGCCUAUUUAUUUAGGCCCAAGAACAAGGGCCCUCGUGCCAAGUACCCCAAGAGCCUCCCAUCCCUGCCCCUGGUGGGCAGCCUGCCGUUCCUCCCCAGACAUGGCCACCAGCAUGUGAACUUCUUCAAGCUGCAGGGAAAGUAUGGCCCCAUCUAUUCCUUCCGUAUCGGUUCCAAGACGACAGUGGUGAUCGGCAACUACCAGCUGGCCAAGGAGGUGCUUCUCAAGAAGGGCAAGGAAUUCUCUGGGAGGCCCAAAUUGUUGACUCUAGACAUCCUAUCAGAAAAUCAAAAGGGCAUUGCCUUCGCCGACCACGGUACCCACUGGCAGCUUCAUCGGAAGCUGGCGCUGAGCACCUUUGCCCUGUUCAAGGAUGGCAACCUGAAGCUGGAGAAGAUCAUUAAUCAGGAAGUCAGUAUACUGUGUGAUUUCCUGACCACCAAGGAUGGGCAGUCCGUUGAUUUGUCCAGGUCACUCUCUCAGGCGGUGAUCAACAUAAUCUGCUUUAUCUGCUUCAACUACUCCUUCAAGAAUGGGGACCCUGCAGUGCACGCAUUGCAGGAUUUCAAUGACAGGAUCCUGGAGGUUCUGAGCAAGACAGCUUUGGCCGACAUGUUUCCAGCGGCUAGGAUUCUCCCCAACAAAACCUUGGAAGAUAUGAAGAAGUGUGUUAACAUGAGAAAUGAAUUGAUGAGAGGAAUCUUCGAAAAGUGUAAGAAGAACUUCACCGGUGACUCUAUCACUAACAUGAUGGACAUACUGAUUCAAGCCAAGGUGAACGCAGACAGUGCUGGCUUGGAACAGGACUCAAAGCUGCUUUCAGAUAGACAUAUUAUCGCCACCAUAACAGACAUCUUUGGGGCCGGUGUAGAGACCAGCACCUCUGUGAUAAAGUGGAUUGUGGCCUUCCUGCUACACUAUCCUUCGUUGAAGAAGAGGAUCCAGGAUGAUAUUGACCAGAAUAUAGGUUUCAACCGCACACCAAAAGUUAGUGACCGGAACCGCCUUGUCCUGCUGGAGGCCACCAUCCGAGAGGUGCUUCGACUCCGGCCUGUGUCCCCUACGCUCAUCCCCCACAAGGCUAUCGUUGAUUCCAGCAUCGGCGAGCUUGCCAUUGACAAGGGUACAGAUGUUGUCGUCAAUUUGUGGGCACUGCAUCACAAUGAGAAGGAGUGGCACCGGCCCGACCUGUUCAUGCCAGAGCGCUUCUUGGACCCCACUGGGAACCAGCUCAUCUCGCCGACAUCAAGCUACUUGCCCUUUGGAACAGGACCCCGCUCCUGCGUAGGUGAGAUGCUAGCCCGCCAGGAGAUCUUCCUCUUCAUGGCUGGGUUGCUGCAGAGGUUCGACCUGGAGAUCCCGGAUGAUGGACAGCUACCCUCUCUGGAGGGCAAACCCAGUUUAGUUUUUCAGAUCCAUCCUUUCAAAGUGAAAAUCAAGGUGCGCCAGUCCUGGAAGGAAGCCCAGGCAGAGGGUAACAACCCCUGACUACCCUGCGUGGCCCCACAGCACAGAAUUAGAGGUGUUACCCCACUUCCCCACCAUUCCUUCCUCCUCCCCACCCACUCUGCCCUCUUUUCCAGCCUGUAGCCCUGGCAGCGAUGUACAUAAACAGUUUUUCUUCAGAAGA